GCCGCGCCUCGUCAUCCUGCCUUUCCGAUUUUCCGAUUUUCCGCCUUUCCGAACCGAAAAUGCGUGCCAAAGUGCAUGAAAAGGAAAACCUGGUCAGUUGAGGUCUCAGUUCGGUUCGGGUUUGCAAUUCAACAGCACUGCGGAAGCGGAGAGAAUUCGUCGCCACAGCGGAGACGGGCCAAGCGAUAUAAGCCAGCGUAGUAAUAUCGACUCCACCGCCCCUCGAUAUAGUAUAUAUAUUAUAUCGCAUAUAUGAUAUUCGCAAGAAAACGGAAUCGGAAUAAAUGCGAAAGUGCCUGACCGCAGAGUGUGGACCGUUUCCCAGUGUGUUCUGUGUUGGGAAAUGAUGGAAAAACGCGUGGAAAUUGCAAUGUGCGAUUAAGUGUGCAUUUGUGUUUUGAAUUUUUAACGUUCCCCCCAGCAGUGUUUCCAUUUUUUGCAGUGAGUGAGUGAGCGACCCACAGCCAGCGGCAAUUGCACAUAAGUUGCAACAAGCAAAGUAACAACAACGACAGCAAGAAAAAAACGUAACCAAAAAGGUAGAAAAACAAACAACGCAACAUUGUAAGCGGGCUGAAAGGCGUUGCCAGAUUGUUGGCCAACAACAGCAGCAACAACAACAACAGCGGCUAACAACGCCACAACAAUAGCCCAAAGGGCCAAAUGAACGUUGUUGGCUAGUCCGUCUGUCGCCCGCUUGGUGGCGCUAGCGAGCUGAACAACCCCAAAGAACUACAACUACAACUGCUGCUACUACUGGAAAUCCUGUCGCUAAUUAGCGGUCUCGCAUCGUGUGCACUUAUGCAGACACAAGGCGAUAGAGGAUUCCAUUGAACUGGCUGCCAAGUUAAAUUCGUUGUCGUAACAUGGGCUGCGUCUUUGAAGCGGCCAAAGAGCAGCAGCCCCACAAACCGAGAAGCAAGCAACUGAGGCGCAACCAAUGCCGUGGCAAGGCGGCAGCGGGGACCAGAGGCAAGGCCGCUGUCAGAGCGAACGAGAAACCAGCUGAGGACAUCAAAAUCAAGGAUAACUAUCAACAAAACCAUAAAACGCAAACCGAAACACAAACAGAGGCAGAAGUGGAAGUAGAAUCAGAGGCAGAAUCAGAAGCCCAAACACAAUCAGAGGCCGAAACUGUGCCCGAACAUCUAAAAGCGACGGCUCAAGUGCUUUUAACGAUACGGCAGGCACGUCAGGAGAACGGCAAGCACGGUAGUCAAGUGGCUGAAACGCACAAGGACGAAGGCGCGAAGGACGCGUUGGCGACGACGCCAGGAUCCAUUGUCGACACGACGGCCAGAAUCGGAAUCGAUAUUGCGGCAACAACGACUCAAAUCGCCGAGCGGGAUGAGGACGAGCAGCAUCGGCAGCAUCACACUGUCCGCCGGCGGAGGCGCCAGGACCCAGCGAAUCCUACCAGCGUCUCGAAGUCACCAGCUGCCAUUGCUGGCACCUCAGCACUGUCCCUGCAUUUCCAAGCCCUCGCCGCCCUAGCGAAAACACUGCAGAAGCAGAACGACGACGACGACGAGGUGGGGAGUCCUGGCCAGGAUCGCCAGCCAAUAGCCUACCGGCCGUGGCAGGGACAUCCGUAUGCGGAGAGCCAGCUGCCCGCCACCAUGUCAGCGGCCAUCAUCGCGAAUGUCAGCGCCACGGCGGCGGCCACCUCGGCGGCAGCCUUCCAGUAUCUCGGCCAGCACUACAAGCACUACAGCCAGUCGAUCAGCUUCUACGCCGCCUCCAGCGUCAUCCUGAUGCUCUGCUAUCUGACCACCGCGUCCACGGCGGCCACGCAAUCGGAGACGGGUGCCCUCGACAAGCAUCCCAUUCAUGGCAUCGAUUGGUCGAAAUUCGAUGAGUCCAGUUCGGACAAGGAGAUAUUAGAUUUACUGCUUGAGAAGAAGCGCUACGAUAAACGAUUACUGCCGCCUGUAAAUGAUGAAGACUUUUGCUGUGGUCUGCAAUCGCCCGAUAUGGCAACUAAUCAAAAUGCACGGAGACCACACAAUCGCGGCACUCUGACGGUGAACGUGAACGUGCUGCUCCUGAGCUUAGCAUCGCCCGAUGAAAGCAGUUUGAAAUACGAGGUGGAAUUUCUGCUUAACCAGCAAUGGAACGAUCCGCGACUGCAAUAUGGCAAUAAGUCUCAUUACGACUUCUUAAAUGCUCUGCAUCAUCAUGACAGCAUCUGGACGCCGGAUACGUAUUUCAUUAUGCAUGGCGAUUUCAAGGAUCCCAUCAUACCAAUGCAUUUCGCUUUAAGAAUAUUUCGGAACGGGACCAUUACGUACGCAAUGAGACGUCAUCUGAUCUUAUCCUGCCAGGGAAGUCUUCAUAUAUUUCCAUUCGAUGAUCCAAAGUGCUCCUUCUCCAUGGAAAGCAUUUCCUACGAGGAGGCCCAAAUCAAAUACGUCUGGAAAAACGAUGAGGACACUCUGCGGAAAAGUCCCUCGCUGACCACAUUAAACGCGUACUUGAUCAAGAAUCAAACAACGGCCUGCGAUCAAAACAGCUGGAGAGGUAAUUACAGUUGCCUACAGGUCGAGUUGACAUUUACCCGUGAUCGUGCGUAUUAUUUUACAACCGUUUUCAUACCUGGCAUUAUAUUGGUCACCUCGUCGUUUAUCACAUUUUGGCUGGAAUGGAAUGCAGUCCCAGCCCGGGUUAUGAUCGGCGUGACAACCAUGCUGAAUUUCUUCACUACCUCGAACGGUUUCCGGAGCACUCUGCCGGUUGUUUCUAAUCUGACGGCGAUGAACGUGUGGGACGGCGUCUGUAUGUGCUUCAUCUACGCCUCCCUGCUGGAAUUCGUCUGCGUCAAUUAUGUGGGGCGAAAGCGGCCCCUCCACAACGUCGUCUACCGGCCCGGCGAGAAUCCCGUAACACAGCGUCUUCCAGCAGUACUAAGCAGGAUCGGAGUAAUUCUUGCAAGUCCUUUGGCAAGCGCCGCUGCCACGCCGGCCAUGUCGAUGAUGGGCGGUGCCACGCCCAUGUCCGCUGGCACCCCGGCCGCCUCCUCCUCGGUGGCCACGCCCGGAACCCCCAGGACCACCGAUCCGGAGGAGUUCUUCGGCGGCGGCAUGCGGUGGCAGGAGGCCCACGGCGGGAUCAUUGGAGCUGCUGUUCAGAAUCUCCGGGCACGCUCCAUAAAACGGAAGGCGGCCAGAAGUCCAUCCACAUCCAUAUCGCCCCAUCCCAGUGGCAGACCCACUGAGCAUAUAUACGAGGAACCCGGCGGAACGACUUCCGGUGUCUCAAGUACCAAGGUGAAGUUCAAGGACGAGCUGAGGGAGGAGGAGGAGCAGCCCGAGUCCACCGCCACCCUGCGACGGUCGGUGGCCACCAGCACACCGGCCUUGGUGGUGAGGAUCGAGGCCGAGACCGAGACCGAACUGGAGGCGGAACCGAAGCCGGUCCAGGAUGUGGAAGCCACAGAACGCCAGUUGUCCCUGCCGCUGAAGCCGCCACGCCGCAAGGCCUCGCGCUCCAAUUCCCCAGCCUCCGUUUAUGGCGAUGCGUUCGAAAAUGUGGAUACUACAGGCGAGAAGCGACGAGAGGCCGGGGCCCCGAACGAAAUCGUGGCAUGCACCACCUGCGGCGGCAGCAACAGUCCGUGCACCCAUUCAGCGAACAAUGGCUGUGCCACGGAGACCUGCUUCGUCCAAGUGCGUAAAAAAGAGCCACCCCAUCCGAUUCGAGUGGCCAAGACGAUCGAUGUCAUCGCUAGAAUUACAUUUCCAACUGCUUAUGCCAUUUUUCUGAUAUUCUUCUUUGUACACUAUAAAGGAUUUUCGUAAAAUUAAGCAUAAAACACUAAAAGUAAUGCAUAACAUACAUAUAUAGAUACUUGAACACGCUAAAUUGCCGGAGCAAUGCCAGAAAAGCAGACUCGAAUGCCGAGAGAAUGCAUUAUUCGUAAAGUAAUUUGUAGAGAAACAUGCAAACUGACAUGAAAACUCAUUUGCUAAGUUCUAGGGCCUUGCAAAGUCAUCUAAUUUUAAUGUAACAAAGGGAAACACAAAGUACAUCUAAUUACUCAUUAACGAUUAUUUAAAUGGCAACAACAUGACAAAACCAGUGAUAAAAACGUCAAAAUGAAAAAUUAGUUUAAACUGAGUUGUUAACGGGGAAAAAGAAAAUGAAUAAGUUGUUAAUAAUUAAUAUUUACGAAAGUUAAAUUUAUGCAAAUGAGCAAACAUACGAAAGAAACAUUUUCGACUGCCUUUUUUAAAAAUAGUAGAAACAACCAAAAAAAAAAACGAACCUUAAAUUAAAUUUGCAAAUUUUUGCAUAUGCUCGAAAAUGCAUUAGUUAAUUAUACCAACCAAAGAAACACUGUCUAGCAAUUGUAAUAUAUAAUAUUUAAACAAUUUAUUAAGCAAAGAAAUGUAAGCUGAAAGUACCAAAAACACGAUCCAAGAAGAUAAAAAGACCUAGCCUAUAAUUAUGAAAUAUGAAACGCAAACCAAAAAGCUUUAAGGCUUUACCGAUUUGAGUAGUCGAAAGAUGCAAACCUGUUUAUACACAUAUACAUAGAUGUUAUAUAUUUACAAGCAGCUCUAGUCAAAUAUUAUGAAAUUAAAACCCAGUUUUGUUCCAUUCAAUUCAAUGAGUUGAAGUGCCUCCGCAUAUGUCAAAGAGUAAACAAACAGAACACACAAAUUGUUAUCAUCACACUGAUUUUUACGUUAUAAUGUACUGUAUAUAAUAUUUAUUUAAAUGUUUAGUUAAACUCCGUUUAUUUUUUCAAUAAAUGUUCGAUUAAUAAAGCAGAAUUUGAUCUUA